UUGUAAACUGUCUCCACCUGUAAAACACCACAGAAGAAGAGGAGUCGUUGUUUGUGUCGCAGCAGCAGAAGAAGAAGCAGCGCUCUGUCACAGUCUGGGUGUGUUCGUUUGAUUAAAGUGUCGGAAACAGAAACCUGCGCAUUAAACCGUCUGAGAUGUAUUACUAUCGAUAUGAAAACACUGAGGUCAACUGCUGCUACAAAUAUCUCAUGUUCAGCUACAACAUCAUUUUCUGGCUGGCUGGAGUCGCCUUCAUCGCAGCUGGUUUCUGGGCCUGGAGUGAAAAGGGAGUCCUGUUGGACCUGACCAAGGUGACCCAGCUCCAUGGUUUUGACCCGGUCUGGUUGGUCCUGGUGGUCGGUGGAGUCACCUUCAUCCUGGGCUUUGCCGGCUGCGUGGGAGCUCUGAGAGAAAACAUCUGUCUGCUGAAGUUUUUUUCAGGUGUGAUCGGCUUCAUCUUCUUCCUGGAGCUGACGGCUGCUGUGUUGGCCGUGGUGUUUCAGAGUCAGGUCAGAGAGUGGAUCAACGAGUUCUUCCUGGCAAACGUCAAAGCAUACAGAGAUGACAUCGACCUGCAGAACCUGAUCGACUCGCUGCAGAGGAUGAACCACUGCUGUGGAGCUCAGGAACCGUCUGACUGGGACCUGAACGUUUAUUUCAGCUGUAAUGAGACUCAUCGCAGUCGAGAGAGAUGUGGAGUUCCCUUCUCCUGCUGCAUCUCUGAUCCUGCUGACUCGGUGGUAAACACCCAGUGUGGCUACGACGUGAGAAACAAACCAAGGAGGGAGUGGACUGAUCAUAUCUACGUUAAAGGUUGUAUUGCAGCGUUAGAGGACUGGUUACCUGGAAACCUCUACACUGUGGCCAUCGUCUUCAUCGUCAUCUCUGUGCUGCAGAUGGUGGGGAUCUACCUGGCCAGGACUCUGAUCUCCGACAUAGAGAAGGUGAAGUUCAGCUACUGAAGUCUACACCUGCAGGGGGCGGAGCUUCACUCCAGGUGUUACUGGACCAAGUUUCUUCAGUCAGACUCGUGCCUUCCUCUUCUUCCUCCUCUUCUGUUGCGUUGUUGAAUCUUGACAUCAUCAGUUCAGUCUGAUGUUGUUGCUAUGGUGACUGAGAACAUGGCGUUUUGAUUGUUUGUUUGUUUGUUUACACUGUGAUGGGCUGUCUCCUCCACUGACCUUUCUACUGUUUAAUGCACCUGUGUGACCUUUGACCUGAUUGGCUGUUUACCACUCAGUGCCUCAUCAUCAUCAUCAUCAUCAUCAUCAUCAUCAUCAUCAUCAUCAGUGAUUUAAGUCAGGAAGCUGUCUCUGAUCUGAAUCUGAAUCUUUAUCCAAUCAGAGCUUGACAUGUAAACAUGGCCCCGCCCCUCAACAUUUACACUUCAAAAUAAAAGCACAAAGCUAUCGAGUUACUUUAUUGAUUAAUCAGCAGCGAACUUUGACUCAGAUGUUCAAUUGAUCGAUGAAUAGAUGAAUUUAUUGUAUGAUUGACUGUUGCAGCUGUAAACAGAAAAUUUAACUGAUAAAGUUUCAUUCAGAUCCAGACCACAGACCCUCACUGUACAGGUGUACUGUAGUAUCAGGAUGUAGUACUGUAGCAGUACUGCAUGUAGUAUCAGGAUGUAGUACUUAGUAGUACUGAACACCACAGAAGAAGAAGAUAAAACCAGUUUAAAACAAAAGUCAUUAAAAUCACAGAUUGUUCCUUUAGUAGCCUUCAGUCAUGUGAUCACAUGAAAUAUAAAGGCUGAAAACUUUAUUGUCACUGGAUUCAUGUUAGCGAGCUUUGAAUAAAUAAAGUUAUUUUGUAUAAAUAAAGUUUGAGAAUUGAAUCAAACCAGAGGAAACAUGAUCAUCAGUUCAGCUUUAAUCAGCUGUUUUCUCCUGUUGAUGAACGAAUGAAUGAAUGAAUGAACAAAUGAAUGAGAUUAAAUUUCACUGGUCUGUUUAAAAAUCAGACUUUUAUUCUGAAGGGAUUCUGUUUUUUAAUGAAUUUUUAUCUUUUUUAUAUUCAACAAAAUAAAGUGACGUUUUCUCUGA